GGAGCAGACCCCGUCAUUUCUUGCCGACUCUGGGGUUGAAGCCGUUGUUGCUCUUACUGUGGGCUUUGGGGGAAGGCAUGUUGCCCGAAAGAUCAUACUCAGUUAAAAACCCAGCGAUCUGAUACUGAGUCCUGCCUAAAAGGCUUGUGCAGGAGAAGGGAGGACAUGGAGGGCAGAAGUUUGUACUAUAAUUAGUUCUAGGGGUAACAUAGCUGGGGGGCGGGGGGAAGAAGAGUGCAGCCGGCAACUAUUUUAAGCAAGCCGUGAUUGACAGGACAUGUGUACCGGACUGUACUGAUCCCAGGCCCAAGUUGCCUGCCUAUGGUGUGUGGUGCAGCGGGGAGGCCUGGGUCGGCAGGAGCAGGACAGCCAGACAGGCAGGCCGGACGGGGUACCAGCACCUCAACCUCUCUCUCAGGGACACUGUCCAAACUUUGGGGGCCACAGGCCAAGCUGUGCAAUGGGUGCUGAGGAGGAGGUGAAGGUCACGUUAGCAGGGGGAGCCCCCUGGGGCUUCCGGCUUCAGGGAGGGGCUGAACAGAAGAAACCUUUACAGGUAUCUAAGAUCCGAAGACGGAGCCAGGCUGGAAGAGCAGGACUCCGAGAGAGGGACCAGCUCUUGGCGAUCAAUGGAGUUUCUUGCACCAACUUCUCCCAUGCCAGUGCCAUGACCCUCAUCGAUGCCUCGGGGCAUCAGCUUGUCCUUACUGUGAGGAGGGUAGCAGAGGAAGGGUCUGUGAGAUCUCCGUCUCCAGGGGAGCUUCAGAUGCUGUCACCCCUAUCUCCCAUGAGUCCUGAGCCCCCAGGUGCUCCUGCUCCCCAGGCUCUUCAGCCUGGGAGCCUCCGUUCACCUCCUGACAGCGAAGCUUACUAUGGAGAGACAGACAGUGAUGUCGACGGCCCUGCUACGCAGGAGAAGCCCCGCCGAACCCGACGCCGAGGUCCCACAAGGCCCGCCCUCCCAGGAGCCCCACCUGAUGAGGUGUACCUGUCCGACAGUCCCGCAGAACCAGCACCUGCUAAAACCGGCUCUCUCAGCCAGGGCGACAGCCGCGUGAGCUCCCCAUCGUGGGAGGAAGGAGCAGCUCUCCAGCCACCGGCAGCAGAAGCACUUCUGUUACCCCAUGGUCCACUGCGGCCCGGUCCUCAUCUCAUCCCUAUGGUGGGCCCUGUCCCCCACCCGGUGGGAGAAGAUCUUACUACCACCUACACCCAGAAGGCCAAGCAAGCCAAACUGCAACGUGCAGAAAGCCUCCAAGAGAAGAGUGUGAAGGAGGCCAAAACCAAAUGCCGGACCAUCGCAUCCCUGCUGACAGCGGCCCCCAACCCCCACUCUAAGGGGGUGCUUAUGUUUAAGAAACGGCGGCAGAGAGCCAAGAAGUACACUCUAGUGAGUUUCGGGGCUGCCGCUGGAACAGGAACAGAGGAGGAGGACGGCAUCCCCCCAACGAGUGAGUCGGAGCUGGACGAAGAGGCUUUCUCGGACGCCCGCAGCCUUACCAAUCAGUCUGACUGGGACAGCCCUUAUCUGGACAUGGAGCUGGCCAGGGCUGGCUCAGGAACAACCGAGAGUCAGAGCUCCGGGCUGGGAGGGCAGUUGAGCGAGGUCUCUGGGCGAGGGGUUCAGCUCUUUGAACAGCAGCGCCAGCGGGCAGCCUCCAGUACCCAGGAGCUGGCUCAGGUGGGCCCAGCAGCCGUGCUAAAUGGGCAGGGGCUGCAGUCCCCACCUCGAGCUCAGAGUGCUCCCCCAGAGGCAGCGGUGCUCCCACUCAGCCCUUUGCCGGCCCCUGCAGCCAGCCCUAGCCCCUUCUUCCCGGAUGGCGGAGCCCCCAGCCCAGCGCCAAGUAUCUUCAACAGGUCAGCGAGGCCUUUUACCCCAGGUUUACAAGGACAAAGGUCAGGUACCACUUCAGUGAUUUUCCGGCCCUUAGCCCCUAAGAAGGUAAAUGAAGGCCUGAGAGCCACCAGCCCCGCCCCGUGCCCCUUCGCAGCCCCUCUGCAGGGACCCACCCCUCCACCCAGCUUCCCCACGCCCGGCCACACGCCAGUCUCCGGAGCUCCCAGCAGCCCACGCUCCUCCGGUCCCGUAACCGCUACCAGCUCCCUGUACAUCCCAGCCCCGAGCCGGCCCGUGACCCCAGGAGGCGCCCCAGAGUCUCCCGCUCCUCCUAGCGCGGCUGCCAUGACCUCCACCGCUUCCAUCUUCUUGUCGGCGCCCCUGAGAAGCUCUGUGCGCCCGGAGGCGCCCGGCCCCGCGGCCCCCGAAUCUGCCAGCGCUCGGGAGCAGCGCAUCUCUGUACCAGCUGCCCGCACUGGCAUCCUGCAGGAGGCCCGGCGCCGGGGCACUCGGAAGCAGAUGUUCCGCCCUGGAAAGGAAGAGACGAAGAACUCGCCCAACCCCGAGCUCCUAUCGCUGGUGCAGAACCUGGAUGAAAAGCCUCGGGCGGGUGGUGCGGAAUCUGGUCCGGAGGAGGACGCUUUAAGCCUUGGAGCUGAAGCCUGUAACUUCAUGCAGCCACUAGGGGGCAGGAGUUACAAGACCUUGUCUCAAGUGACACCGAAAAGCCCGCCUCCAAUGGCUCCCAAAACCCCACCCCCAACAACUCCUAAGACUCCGCCCCCUGUGGCUCCUAAGCCCUCUUCUCGAGGGCUCCUUGAUGGGCUAGUGAAUGGGUCCACCGCUGUAGCUGGGAUCCCUGAGCUCCCAAGGCUGCAGGGGAGGGGCGGAGAGCUAUUUGCAAAGCGGCAGAGCCGUGCCGACAGCUCAGGUUCGCCAGUCAGUCACAGCAGCUCAGUCCUCCACAGCCGCUGGACCCCAGGGCGAGCUGACCACCAACUGAGGCGGCUGGUCAAAUCCAUCUCCACCAUGCCGCUCUCGGGAACCCCGGCCCCUAACAAGAGGAGGAAAUCCAGCAAACUGAUCAUGGAACUCACUGGAGGCGGACGGGAGAGCUCCGGCCUGAACCUGGGCAAGAAGAUCAGUGUCCCAAGGGAUGUGAUGUUGGAGGAGCUGUCGCUGCUCACCAACCGAGGCUCCAAGAUGUUCAAGCUGCGGCAGAUGCGGGUGGAGAAAUUUAUCUAUGAGAACCACCCCGAUGUUUUCUCCGACAGCUCAAUGGAUCACUUCCAGAAGUUCCUUCCCACAGUGGGAGGACAGCUGGAGUCAGCGGGUCAGGGGUUCUCCUAUGGCAAGGGUGGCGGUGGAGGCCAGGCCGGGGGCAGUGGCUCUGCUGGACAGUAUGGCGCUGACCAUCACCAUCAUCAAGGCUCCGGCUUUGGAGCUGGGGGUGCAGGUGGUCCUGGGGGCCAGGCUGGCAGAGGAGGAGCUCCUGGCACAGCAGGGAUUGGAGAGCCAGGAACAGGUGACCAGGCAGGUGGAGAAGGAAAACAUGUCACUGUGUUCAAGACUUAUAUUUCCCCGUGGGAUCGGGCCAUGGGGGUUGACCCUCAGCAAAAAGUGGAACUUGGCAUUGACCUGUUGGCGUAUGGGGCCAAGGCUGAACUCCCUAAAUAUAAGUCCUUCAACAGGACAGCAAUGCCCUAUGGUGGAUAUGAGAAGGCCUCCAAACGCAUGACCUUCCAGAUGCCCAAGUUUGACCUGGGGCCUCUGCUGAGUGAACCCCUGGUCCUCUACAACCAGAACCUCUCCAACAGGCCUUCUUUCAAUCGAACCCCUAUUCCCUGGUUGAGCUCCGGGGAGCAUGGAGACUACAACGUGGAUAUUGGCAUCCCCUUGGAUGGGGAGACAGAGGAGCUGUGAAAUGUUUCCUCCUGUAAUUCACAUCAUUUCCCCUCUUUGGUUCCAAUGUGAGAGGGGGUGCUGGACAGGAUUCCCCAACUAUUACUCCAGUAUCCUUGUGGCAAUGGAGGGUGAAGGGUGGGGGCACUGCCUUUCCAUGCUUCAAGUCCCCACCCCGAGGCACCCCUCCUCACCAGCUCAGAGAGCCCAUCCUGUUGUUCCAUAUGGAAUCUGCUCUUUUAUGGAAUUUUCUCUGCCACCGGUAAGAGUCAAUAAACUUCAAGGAAAUGAA